AUCUUUCUUUCAGCCCAAAACGGGCAAAGAAAAGGAGAGCGAAAAGAGUGAUGGACCGGUGAAGGAGAAACCUGUGAAGGAGAAACCUGUGAAGGAGAAACCAGAGUAAGUGUUUAAGGCCAGGGGGUGAGGGUGGCAGGGUUUUCACGGGUGUAGCCAGAGCCAUAUAUUUAGGUUAAAUACAUGGCUCUGGGUAUAGUUAUCUAUACAGGAAACUGAUAACCCAUGGAGUUUGUGGUAGAGUACUUGACUGAAUGGCAAAACAAUCAGCAACAGCAAAAGCAAACAGACUGUAGAAUGACCAAUUGGACGAUCUAAUAGUAGGUAUUUGCAGUGUCUGUCUAUAAUGUCUUUUUUAUGUUCUAUCCUAGACCAGUCAAAGGGCCUCUCAAAGUUCAGAAUGGGGUCCACAAUGAGCCUGAUUCGCCAGUAAAGAAGUUCACUAAACGCAGUCGUCAGAUCUUGGACAGUGAUGAUGAUGAGGCUCCAGCCAGAAUAGAACAGGAGCAAGGGGACAAGACUGUUCAGCCCAAGGUAGCGUUUUACAUUUCCCACCUCACAUCCUCCUCUACGUAAACAAGCUCUAAUCAGGACAUUGGAUCCAUCCCAAAUGGUACCCUAUUCCCUACACAGUACACUAGUUUUGACCAGAGCCCUAUGGACCCUGGUCAAAAGUAGCACACUAUAGGAAAUAGGGUGCAAUUUGGGACUCAGGAAUUAUUUGCAUACUCUGCAGUAGGCUUGGGCUGGGUACCGGGGUACCGACGGUAUGAUUUUCAAUACCAUCAACACUGCUUAUAACUAAGUUCACUAUCUAAGAUGUGCCAAAUAAAUUAUCUCCAGCUCAGGGCUCCAGCUUUGCAUUUGGUUUGCUAACUUGCUAGCAAAGUGGCUAGAUGUCAAGAUCAAGCUUCUUGGUUACAGCAGACAUUCCAUCCCCUCCUGGAUCAAGAUUCCUGCUGCCUAAAUUAGAUUUGUGCGUCAAAACAACACUAUAAAAUAAAAAAUGCUGCCCUUGUGUGUACUGCCGGUAAUACUGAAUACCCCGGUAUGGUACAGGAACACUAUGACGGUAUGAAAAUCUGGAUACCGCCCUACUCUGCACUGGUCUUUACCAUUUUAAACACUGUAAAGCCAAAGGGGGGGGGGGGUGUGGGUGUACAUAAAGAUGUGACUGAGUUUGCAUCCCAAAUGGCACCAUAUUUCCAAUACAUUGCAGGGGAGGCUGUCUUGACCAGGUCUCGCUUGAAAAACAGAUUUGACCUAAAUGAAACUGAACCUGGGUAAACAAAUACAAAUCUAGGAAAUGGUGGCCAUUUGUGACCCACGAUGUUUGUGCAUAUAGAUCUGAACUUUGUUUCUCCCCCACAGGAUGAAGUAUACAAGGCUGUUACCACCCCACUGUCCCCCGCUGCCCCCACCACCCCUGUUACUCCAGCCACUCCAGUGACCCCAGCCGCCCCUCCAGUGACCCCAGCCGCCCCUCCAGUGACCCCAGCCGCCCCUCCAGUGACCCCAGCCGGCACUCCAGUGAACCCAGCCACCUCCGCCACCACUGGAACCCCUGACACCCCCACUUCCAUCUCACCCUCCGGAAUUCCCAAACGCCGCACCGGUCAGUCUCUAGCUGUACAAGUCCAACAGCCUCUACUAACACACGGUUAACUACGUUGGCUGUUAUUUAAUGCAGCCUGCAUUUAAAAGAUGUUUGAAAAUAGGAAAAAAGCAUUCGCAUAUCAGGGUUUACUUGUUGCAGGUGCGUGGGAAUUAUUCAAUGAUUACAGAAAGAAAAGACACAAGUUGUUUGAAAAAAGGAAUGCACAGAGAACAGAAAAUAUAUUUCUAAGGACUACAUCAAUUGUAUUAAUUCCACAUAAAUGUGUUCACUAGUGAUGCAUCUCUAACUAGUUGUGUUUCUAUCAUCUCUGUAGAGUAGUGAUGCAUCUCUAACUAGUUGUGUUUCUAUCAUCUCUGUAGAGUAGUGAUGCAUCUCUAACUAGUUGUGUUUCUAUCAUCUCUGUAGCGAGGAAGCAGUUCCCCAAGAGAAAGCUGGACAGCAGGAGUGGCAGUGACAAGGAGGAGGAAGAGGUGAAGGAAGAACCAGAACAGCAGAAUAAAAGAGCAAAGGUUGAGGAAACACAGGGGAGCACCGGUAAGGUUUCCCUCCAUUACAAGUGUUCCUUCCUACCCCUUCUCUCUUCUGUUGCAUCACUCCAUUUCUCUUUCUCUCUGUAGAGAAUGAAGAGGAAGCGAUGGAGGUGGGAGGAGAGGAGAACAGUGUGGAUAAGCCUGAGGUGGUGCAGAACAACCCAGAGCAGAAAGAGAUCGAUGAAGAGAAGACCAAAGAUGGAGAGAAGGAAAAAGCACUUGAUGUGAAAGAGACGGAGGAGGAGGGAAAAAGUCCUAAAAGUGAAGAGGCUAAAGAGAGAAGUCCUAAGGGUCAAGAGGCUAAAGGAAAAAGUCCUAAGGGUCAAAACGCUAAAGAGAGAAGUCCUAAGGGUCAAGAGGCUAAAGGAAAAAGUCCUAAGGGUCAAAACGCUAAAGAGAGAAGUCCUAAGGGUCAAGAGGCUAAAGGAAAAAGUCCUAAGGGUCAAAACGCUAAAGAGAGAAGUCCUAAGGGUCAAGAGGCUAAAGGAAAAAGUCCUAAGGGUCAAAACGCUAAAGAGAGAAGUCCUAAGGGUCAAAAGGCUGUAAAGGAAGAAAAGGAAAGUCCUAAAAAUGAAAGGAAGGCAGUAAAGGAGGAGAAAGAAAUGAAAGUGUCAGAAAGCCCCCAAGCCAAAAAAGCCCCCACCAUCAGCAGUUUCUUUGGUGAGGUUUUUCCCCACUUACUUCCUCCCUUGCACAGGAACAUCUCUAUGAAUGAGUUGGCUUUCUGCAGUUUGUUUAGAAGAAACCUGAAAGAGUGUAACAGUGCUUCUCAGAUGGCAUAAGAAUAGGGUGCCAUUUGGGAUUCAACCUACAUUUGUUUUGGGAAGUUUGGAAGAAAUCUGAAGGAGUGUAAGAGACUUGUAAACUGCAGAGAUGGCAGUGGAACAAGGAAAUGUAAAAUCCUUUGCUUGUUUGAUAAACAUUAUGCUCCAAACUCUUGAAGUCUGAAUGUUGGUUUCUUCUCUGUUAUCUAGCUCCCAGGAAGGCUGCUGUAAAGAUGGAGAGACCAGAGGAGAAGAGCGAGGGAGACAGAAAGGAGAAGAGCGAGGGAGACAGAAAGGAGAAGAGCGAGGGAGACAGAAAGGAGGAGAGCGAGGGAGACAGGAAGGAGGAGAGUGAGGGAGACAGAAAGAAGAGCGGGGAGAAUAUAAAGGAGGGGGCGAAGGUGGCCCGUACCACUGACGACGUUAAAGAGAAAGGGUAAGAGAGAAUCACAGAUGACUAUGAAAGUGUUUAAUUUACACCAAGGCUACAUCCCAUUCUCCACCCUGUUCCCAAAAUUGGCACUCUGGUCAAUGGUGCAAUCUCCCUCUAGCCAGUGAUUACAAUAAUCCAUUGCUUUUAAAUCUAUCACUGAGUGUGCAGGUGAAGAACGGCGGAGUAUCGAGACAUGGCCUAUCUCUUUGAAGGAGUAGCUGUACAUGUGUACAGUUCUGGAUGUUUUCUCCAGUGAGUUGAAUAGUGCAGUAUAUUGUAUUAAUGUGAGUGGUUUUGACCUUUGACCACCAGAGAGAAGACGGACCAGGCCCAGUAUGACCCAUCCAGACCCAACUACCACCCAGUAGACCACGCCUGCUGGGGGCGGGGACAGAGGUACAUCCAACCCCCUUAUCACAGCUAGAGCUGGGACGAUAAACUGGAAAUGAUCGACACUGAUUACAUUUUACAUUUACAUUUUAGUCAUUUAGCAGACGCUCUUAUCCAGAGCGACUUACAGGAGCAAUUAGGGUUAAGUGCCUUGCUCAAGGGCACAUUUACGUCAUUUAGCAGACGCUCUUAUCCAGAGCGACUCACCAAUUGGUGCGUUCACCCUAUAGCCAGUGGGAUAACCACUUUACAAUUUAUCGUUAUCGUGAUCAAAUUCAGUCAAUUUGUCGCGAUGUGGAUUUUUGUCCGUAUUGCCCAUCUCUAGCCACACGACUCAGCUGUAUACCUCAACCUGGUUCCUAUUCACUAGAAACCAAACGGGCUGAAACGGAGAGGGGCUACCUGAACUUGACCAAUAAGAAACACUUGUUUUCAUUUCCUGUUCCAAAAUGGUUUUGCUACGGUGUGUGCUAAUGAAUUCCAGCCUGCACUGAAUGUUUUCAAUGUUUUGAUACUGUGAAUAAGUCUGUCUCAAUUGAGUUGUUUUGAUACUGUUGAGUUGUUUUGAUACAUUUCUCAAUGGAGUUGUUAUCAAUGCUUUGACUAAUUUUCUCCCACGCAGGGUCCCGUAUUUGGCUGUUGCACGCACCUUUGAAAAGAUUGAGGAAGAUUCUGGCAGGUAAGAUAUUUCAAUAUACCUCCCAAGUCGUGACUGUUCGUUCUUGGGUGAGUCCCAAAUGGCACCCUAUUCCCUAUGUACGGCACUACUUUUGAACAGGGCCCAUAGGGCUCAGGUAAAAAGUAGUGCACUACGUAGGGAAUGGGGGUGCCAUUUGGGACAGCCUGGGUUUAUUGUAGCAUAAUAAUCUUCCCUUUUUACAUUGUUUUACAUACUAAUUGCAUACAUUUUUUGCUAGAUUGAGGAACAUCGAAACAUUAUCAAAUCUCCUACGCUCUGUGAUCGUCCUCUCUCCAGGUAAAAUAGCUUUUUAGUUUUUCCCCUAGUGUGUGUACAUGUGGAGCUGACUACCACUACAUUAGAUAUGGCUGUGUGAGCCCAGGUGCAGGAUAUGAACGUCUUGAGAUGCGUCAGGUGGGGUGCGUCCCAAAUUGCAUCCUAAUAUUCCCUAUUUAGUGCUCUACUUUUGACCAGACCCCUUACGGCACGAUAAUAUCUGUAAGUGAACGCUGUGAAAUACCCUGGAUAUGUCCCAAAUGCCACCUGAUUCCCUAUGGGCCCUUGUCAAAAGUAGUACGUUAUAUAGGGAAUAGUGUGCCCCAUUUGGGAUGCAGAAAGAGUGUAGACGGAGUGUGCUGAGUUUUGUCUCUUGCUGUUCUUCCUCAGAGGACCUGUUGUGCUGCGUCUACCUGUGUCUCAAUCAGCUGGGUCCUGCUUACAAGGGGCUGGAGCUGGGAGUGGGAGAAACUGUACUGAUGAAGGCUGUCGCCCAAGCAACUGGUAAGGCGGCGUACACACACACACACACAGCUUUGUUGUUAGUUAUUAAUUCUCUUCUUUUGCUUUUGGGUUUAGGAAUCUCUCACACUGUUAUUCUUGUUGCCAGGGCGACAGUUGGACAAAAUCAAGGCGGAGGCUGCAGAGAAGGGGGACUUGGGGUUGGUGGCUGAGAGUUCCCGUAACAACCAGAGAAUUAUGUUCCAGCCAGCCAAUCUGAUUGCAGGGGGUGUGUUCAACAAACUGAAAGACAUCGGGAACAUGAGUGGGAACUCUGUGAGUGUGUGUGAGGGAGAGUUUAACACAUUUAAAAUUCUCAAAUCGUUUUGAUAAAUUCACUGAGAAUAGGAUGAUGGGAAUAGGAUGAUGAAUUGAUUUGUAAUCAGUCUAGAAUUUGAUGAAAAUACAUUAAUUCCUUUAAUUUCUCGCUCGCUCUCUCUCGCUCUCUGCCUCUCUCUCUCUCCCCCCCUUUUUUUUUUUUCCCCCGUUUCUUAAACCAAUAAAAUCAGGAAGGUGUGCUUUUCCUUUCCCGGAAUAGAUUUUCUUUUUCUAACCCCAUUUUCCCUUUUGCCCUUUUUUUAACUUUUGGCCAAAGGGAAAAAAGGGGGUUUUUGAUUGGGCUUUUUUGGUCCUUUUUUUCCGCCCCUUUUUUUUUUUUUGUUAUUUUUUUUUGGACCUUUUUUAAAUUAAAAGAUUAAAAAAGUUGUCGUUUUUCCAAUAGCCCCCCCUGGUAUCUUUUAAAGGUUCUAUUUGGGGAUUGUUUUAAAUUUGGAUUUUAAAAAUGAACCAAAAACUUUAAAGUUUGUUUUUCCCAACCGUCAAAACACCCCCAAAAAAAAAGGGAAAAAUGCGUCGGGGGUUGAAAUUUAUUGAAUUGAUUCAAAAGGGUCCCCUCGGGGCCCUCUCCGUAUCUCCUUCUUCCUCUCCUUCUCCUCUCUCUGUUCCCCUCCUCCUCCUCCCUCCUCUCUCCCUCCCUCUGCCUGCAGGCCAUGAAUAAGAAGAUUGACAUCAUCAAAGGUCUUUUUGUAGCCUGCCGUUUCUCUGAAGCCAGAUACAUAGUCAGGUAAUGGUGCCUCACUUCCUUCACUUUACAACUGGUCAAACUGAUGAUGUCUCCUCAAUAGAACCCUAUUCCCUAUAUAAUGCAAUACUUUUGACCUGAGCCUUAUUGGCCAUAAAUGCACUAAAAGAGGAACAGGGUGGGUGCCAUUUUGGACGUACUUAAGACCUGUCUUUCUGCACUCACUGAGUUCUGGCCCUUUGUUCAUUUUAUAUGUGAUAGAUUUUUUGCUUCCUGGCACCUGUUAUUGGUUUACACAAGAUGAUAUAGUUGAGCAUGCCUGCCUGCCUAUUCAUAAGUAGUCACCCCGCUGGUCAGUACGUUAAUGGAUUCAAAUAAGAUGGUCACAGAGAUCCUGUUAAAUUAGGAAUUCUAAUAUGUAAUUCUAUGAAGAUAGUACUUAAUAAUGUUUGUUUACCGGCUACACCAGUACAUGCACAACAUCAGACAAAAAGCAGGACAUCAUCAAUGCAUGUCUGGAUUGGUUGAUUGGUUGAUUAAUUGAUUGAUUGAUUGACAGGUCGCUGGCAGGGAAGCUGAGGAUUGGCUUGGCUGAACAGAGUGUACUGGCUGCCCUGAGUCAGGCAGUGUGUCUGACUCCUCCGGGACAAGGUUUGCCAGCCAACGUUAUUACAACAUUUUCACAACGUUAUCACAAUGUUUAUACAACAUUACCUCCCAACUUUAUCACGUUUUCACAAUGUUACCUCAAAGUUUUUGACACAUUCUCACAAUACUAUCACAAAAUUACCCCCAACAUUUUCACAACAUUACUUCAAUAUCACUUUCACAUUACCACAACAUCGUCACGGCAUUUUCACAACAGUGCCCCCAACAUUAUCACCAUGUUUUUUCACAACGUAACCCCUGCAUACACGACUGUACGACUGUAAGUCGCUUUGGAUAAAAGCGUCUGCUAAAUGGCAUAUUAUUAUUAUUAUUAUUAUUAUCAUUGUCUGCCUUUGAUGCAACUGAGACGUUUGUAUGUUUAUUCCAGACUUCCCUCCGGCGGUGAUUGACGCUGGGAAAGGAAUGAGUGCAGAAAAACAGAAAGCUUGGAUAGAAGAGAAAAGCCUUAUCCUCAAACAGACUUACUGGUACUAACCUGCUAAAUACAGCUAGAGUCAGUGUGUUCAUUACUCUGACUGGGAGAGUCCCAAAUGGCACCCUAUUCACUAUAUAGUGCACUACUUUUGACCAGGGCCCAUAUGGUUCUGCACAAUGUAGUGCACUAUGCAGGGAAUGUAGUGCCAUUUGGGACAAAUGUGAAUUAGAUUUUCUUACUGGUUUAGUUCUGUUUUAUCCCAUCAAGUGAGAUGCCCAACUAUGAUGUCAUCAUCCCAGUCAUUCUGAAGGAGGGGAUUGAUGAACUACCCAACCACUGCAAACUCACUCCAGGUAAUAAUAAUAAUAAUUUAUUUCACUUUUAUAGCGCUUUCAUUACACAAAGAAUCCCAAUGCACUUCAAGCAGGGGAAAAUGACAGCCAUUCACGACUGGAUUAUGGUACUGUGUGUGUGUGGGGGAAAGAGUGUUAUUGUUUCAGUGUGGUAUUUCUGACCCCUCCCUCUUCCUCAGGUGUACCGCUGAGGCCCAUGCUGGCUCACCCCACCAAAGGUGUAGGAGAGGUGAUGAAGAGGUUCGAUGAAGCCGCCUUCACCUGCGAGUACAAGUAUGACGGAGAACGAGCACAGGUGUGUGUGUGUGCGUGGUCACGUUUGUGUGUACUGUACCUAUGUCAGCUUCAUGAUUCUUACAUCCGUGUGUGUGUCCUGGUUAGGAAGCAGACAUGAUGCUAUCGUGCCUCCGGCUGUAGAGAGCCAUGCGAGGCCCUCCCAGUGGAGGCUGCAGAGACCUGUGUGACGUGUCGUCCUCUGGGCCAUUUAAGCUGCUGUCUGACUCCUGAAAUGGCCACCAGAUGGCGCUCUAACGUGCAUCUGGCUCGUGGAGCUUGUGUUCCAUCUUUACAGUUGGACCCUGCAUGUUUCUGUCUAAUAUAACAUGUAUUAUGACGGUUAGCAGAUGCUUAUUCAAAGCUACGUACAGUAGCGUGUGCAUACGUUUUCGUGUCAGUGGCCCCUGCGGGAAUUGAACCGACUAUCCUGGCGUCUUUAAGUGCCGUGCUCUACCAACUGAGCCACACAGCUCUGCUCUCUACAUACAAUAGGAAACUCACUGUUGAAUGGUUGAAUGGCAUCUAAUGAUAGUUGUAUGUACUGUGCAGAUCCAUAUCUUGGAGAACGGAGAAGUGCGUAUUUUCAGUCGCAACCAGGAGGAUAAUACAACCAAAUAUCCUGACAUCAUCUCUCGCAUUCCUACGGUAACAAUGACCCUCUCAACACUAGCACACUCAAUGUGCAUCCCAAAUGACAACCUAUUCCCUAUAUAGUGCACUACCAUUGUCCAGAGUACACUACAUAGAGAAUAGGGGACCAUUUGGGACAAACUCAGAGAGCAUCUUAGCCCCUUUAUCAUGGACAUAAGCACAUUUCACACUGUAUGAAUAAUACCAUUAUCUCUGUCUCUCUCUCUUUCCGUCUCUCUCUCUUUCCAUAUCUCUCCCUCUCUGUCUCUCUCCCUCUCUGUCCCUCUCUGUCUCCCUCUCUCUCUCUCCCUCUCUGUCUCUCUCUCUCUCCCUCUCUGUCUCUCUCUCUGUCUCUCUCUCUCUCCCUCUCUGUCUCUCUCCCUCUGUCUCUCUCCCUCUCUGUCUCUCUCCCUCUCUGUCUCUCUCUUUCUAUCUCUCUCUUUCCAUCUCAUUCCCUAUGUCUCUCUCUCUCUUUCCAUCUGUCUCUCUGUAUCUCUCUCUCUCUCUCUCUCUGUCUUUCUCUCUUUCCAUCUUUGUCUCUCUCUCUGUCUCUCAGGUAAAGAAGCAGUCGGUGGUAUCCUGUGUGUUGGACUCUGAGGCAGUAGCUUGGGACAGAGAGAAGCAACAGAUCCAACCAUUCCAGGUUUUAACCACACGGAAGAGAAAGGUGACAGGAAAGAAAUGAGGGUGCCUCCUGCUGAGUAUCCAUGGUUUCAGUUUCUCUAAUCAUUUUCAUAACAGCUGGAUGGGUGAUUAGCCCAGGUGGUCAUAGAUCGUUUUCCUACCAGGCUCUAUGAUCAAGAGGUGGACUUCUUUGUCUAACCCCUCGACCGGUCUGGUUUUGGUUCGACCUCCCCCCCGGAAUAGCACUCUCAUUGUGACAAUAUACUGAGUACAGGGACCAAAAGAUCUAGGUUUGAGUGAUCUUUUACUGUGGUGGGUGGGUAGGUGAUGGUGUUGAGUGAUCUGUGCUGUAUGUUCUGCAGGAUGUGGAUGCAGCUGAUAUCAAGGUCCAAGUGUGUGUGUAUGCCUUCGACCUUCUGUAUCUCAAUGGAGAGGUGAGUGGAUGACAAUGGGAAUUAUCGGGUCGGUUAGACAUGGACACUUUCCCUAAUUUAGUGCACUACUUUUGAGCCCUAUUUCCUAAUUUAGUGCACUACUUUUGACCAGGGCCCUAUUCCCUAAUUUAGUGCACUACUUUUGACCAGGGCCCUAUUCCCUAAUUUAGUGCACUACUUUUGACCAGGGCCCUAUUCCCUAAUUUAGUGCACUACUUUUGAACAAGGCCCAUAGGUUUCUGGUCCAGAGUAGUGCCCUACAUAGAGAAUAGGGUGCUAAAUGGGACGUUGAUUAAUUAAACAUGGAUUGUUAUGUUUGUAACUUCAUUGGUGGUAAUAGUGUGUCUCUCUGGGUCUCUCUCUCUCUCUGGGUCUCUCUCUCUCUCUGGGUCUCUUUCUCUCUCUCCGGGUCUCUCUUUCUCUCUCUCUGGGUGUCCCUCUUCUCUCUGGGUGUCUCUCUCCCUCCCUCUCUGGGUCUCUCUCUCCCUCCCUCUCUGGGUCUCUCUCUCCCUCCCUCUCUGGGUCUCUCUCUCCCUUCCCUCUCUGGGUGUCUCUCUCCCUCCCUCUCUGGGUGUCUCUCUCCUCCCUCUCUGGGUGUCUCUCUUCCUCUCUGGGUGUCUCUCUCCCUCUCUGGGUGAUCUCUCUCCCUCUCUGGGUGUCUCUCUCUUCCUCUCUGGGGUUUCUCUCUCUUCCCUCUCUGGGUGUCUCUCUCUCUCCCUCUCUGGGUUUUCUCUCUCCUCUCCCUCGUUUGGGUGUCUCUCUCCUAUCCCUCUCUUUGGGUGUCUCUCUCUCCUCUCUCUGGGUGUUCUCUCUCUCCUCUCUGGGUGUCUCUCUCUCUCCCUCUCUGGGUGUCUCUCUAUACUAUCUGCUGUCUUCUUCUGCAUGGGUUUUUCUCUCUUCUCCUCUCUAUGGGGGUCUCUAUCUCCUCUCUGGGGUCUCUCUCUCUCCCUCUCUGGGUGUUUCUAUUCUCUCUCUCUCUCUCUCUGGGUUUUUGUCUCUCUCCUCUCUCUGUUCUCUGGUCUCUCUCUCCCUCUCUGGGUUUUGUCUCUUCUCUCCCCCUCUGGGGGUUUUCUCUCUCUCUCUCUCUGGGUUCUUGUGCUCUCUCUUCUGGGUCUCUCGUCUCUCUCUGGGUAUCUCUCUCUAUCUCUAGGGGUCUUCCCGUCUUUUCUCUUCCUCUGGGUUCUCUCUCUUCCCCUAUCUGGGGUCUCUCUCUUCUCUCUCUGGGGGUCUUGCUUCUCUCUCUCUCUGGGUCUCAUCUCUCCUCUCUUGGGUCUCUCUCUUUUCUCUCUGGGGUUCUCUCUCUCCUUCUGUGUCUCUCUCUCUGGGUUGGGGAUCUCUCUCUCUCUGCGGGGGUCUAUCUCUCCCUCUCUGGGGGGGUUGCUCUCUCUCUCUCAUCUUUUACUGGGUGUUCGUCUUCUCUCCUCUAUCUCUCUGGGUCUCUCUCUAUCUCGGUUGUGGUCUCUAUCUCUCUCUUGGGUUCUCUCUCUCUCUCCUCUCUGGGUGUCUCCUCUCUCCUCUCUCUUGGGUUCUCUUCUCUCUCUUCUCUGGGUGCUCUCUCUUUUUUCUCUCUCUUGGUCUCUCUCUCUCUCUGGGUCUUCUCUAUCUCUCUUCUCUGGGUCUCUCUUUUCUUCUUGGGUUCUUUCCCUCUCUCGGGUCUCUCUUUUCUGCUCUCUCUCUGGGGUCUCUCUCUCUCUCUCUCUCUCUGGGGUUCUGUCUUCUCUCACUCUCUCUGGGUUAUCUUUUUCUUGAGGUUUUUAUAUCUGUGUGUUUUUUUCUUCUCUCUCUCGGGUUCUUUUCUCUUCUGGGUUUCUCUCUCUUCGUAUUUCUCUCUUCUUUGGGUUCUCUCUCCCUCUCUUUCUCUUCUUCUCUCGGGUCUCUUCUCUCUAUCUGGGUCUAUCUUCUGGGUUCUCUCUCUCUCCUCUCUGGGUUGUCUCUCCUCCUCCCUGGGUUCUCUCUCUCCUCUCUCUGGGUUUUUCUCUUCUCCUCUGUCUCUCUCUCUCUCUGGGUUGUCUCCUCUCUGGUCUCUUUCUCUGGGUUCCUCUCUCUCUCUCUCUUUUGUGUCGUUGCGUCUCUCUUGGGUCUCCUCUCUCUCUCCCUUGGUGUGGGCUCUUCUUCUGGGUUGUCACUCUCUCUCUGGGUUUUCUCUCUUUUUAGUUCUUAGGGUUCUCUUCUUCUUCCUGUCUGGUGCUCUCUCUCUCCCUUCUGUUGCUGUCUAUCUCUUCCCUUCUGGGUUCUGCUCUAAUCUGCUCUCUGGUUUUCCUUGGUGCCUUCUCUCAUCUCGGGUCUCACUCUUGGGUCUGCUCUACUCCUAUAAUGGUUGUUUCUAUCUAUCUUCUUGGGUGUCCCCUUUCCCUCUUCUCUGGGUUCUCUCUAUGGUCUUCUCUUCGGGGUCUCUCUCUCUCUGGUGUCUCUCGUUCUUCUCUCUCUACUGGUGUUUUGUCUCUCAUCUCAUUAGGAUGGGGUUCUUCCUAUUGGAGGGUUUGUUUUGCCAUCUCCUCUGGUUGUCUACUCCUCUCCUGGGGUUUCCCCUCUUCUGGGUGUCUCUCUUCCUCUCCUUGGGGUGUCUCUCUCUCUGGUGCUAUCCCUCAUCUAAUCGUGUCUCUCUGUUCUUUCCUUGGUUCUCUUCUCUCUCUCUCUUUGGGGUCUCUUCUUGCUCGGUGUUUCUCUCUUCUCUGGGUUGUUCUCUCUUCUUUGGGUGGUCUCUCUUCUGGUCUCUCUUCGUCUCUCUCUCUCUGGGUGUCGUUUUCUCCUUUCCCUUUCCUUGAGCUCUACUUUUGGGCCCCUUUUGGUCCUCUCCUCCGCUCUUCCGAGUCUCUCUUCUGUUUCUCUGCUUCCGGUCCUCUGUUCAUAAUGUGUUCUCCUUGUGCUUCUCUUUUCUAGGCUUCAUAUGGGGGUUGGAGCCAAAAGAUAGUAAAUACAAGUUUUGGAAAAUAAUAAUGUCUUCUGGUCCUUGUCCCUUUUUUUCAUUCUGGGUUGUGCUCCAUGGUUCCCUAAUGGUGAGCCAGAAAUCGGCCCUGUCCAGGAUAUCAAUGUUGAGGUCACUGUUAGUCAAUCCUCUCCUCAUACCAUUGCGUUAGUGGACGUCGAGUUGUAAGUUGGGGAGAGUUGGUUGCCGCCAUCAUAAAAAAAAGUGUUAGGGGCUGUGGCCCCUAAUUUGGCACCUAUUCCCUAUAUAGUGCAUUACUUUUGACCAGAGCCCUAUCUAUGGUCCCUGGUCAAAAGUAAUGCACUGUUGUUGCCAAGGAAGGUCUAGCGGUCUAAGCUGCUGCCUCCGGAUCACAUAUACCAUUGCAGCAGGAGUGGGGCAGUCCUCUCUAGCUCUCUCUAUCCUGUACAAUAAACAAAACAUAUGUGAGGAGUGGGACUGCCCCACUCCAUUAAAAAAUACAAGUUUGAAGAAGAAAAAAAAGUGCAUUAUAGGUAAACCCUUCCCUAUAUAAUUUUUCCCCAAAAGGUCUAAUUCGAGGCAGAACGGGAAUUGUCAUUGUUUUACGUCAGAUGGCGUCACUCCUACGUAACGCUCGUCCUCAACCAAUUUGUCUUGUAGGACGUCAAACUCAUCCUAAUAUUUUGGGAUUCCCAGGCAUCCGCCAUUGAAAAAUGAAAAGAUAGUUCCUAAUUUUUGAUAUCACUGCGCUCUUGAACGACUCCAUGAAAUAGGCAGAAUAACUAGCUAAAGUAAUACAAAUGUUGUGACCUAUUUAAUAGUUUGAGAAAAUUAAAACAAAGCGGUGGCUAUCGCCUGCAAGAAUUGUGCAAAGACGUCGGUCGCCAGUGUAGUGACUAAAUCAGCUGCUUAGCUGUUGUGGCUAUCCGUCUUACUGACAUGGUAAGCUAGCUCUACCUUUACUGACAUUAAAAGCUUGCUUAACUUGUUUAAAUUACCAUGAAGUUGUAGACAUGCAGCCCCAAAAUCUAAGAGGGACUGUCAUCAGAAAUCAGUCCGUAGAUCAGCAUGUUUCUCUGCGAUCCCUAAUGUUACUCUGAAUGGUUGGGUCAGCUGAGCACAGCAGCUACUUCAUGAAAACUCAUAAUAAUGUGAGCGUCAGCGCUACUAAAGUAGCUUGCUAGCUAGCUAGCUGUUGUUGGAAGCAUUCAACAUUGUGUGUGCAUCACUAAGUUGGUUGGUUAGCAGCAUCGUUUCAGGGACUGGUUCAGCAAGCUAAUGUUGGACAUUUAUGCUAGCUUUCGUGCCCAUUGUCAAACUUCAGACAUGCUGCUCGGUGAAGCACAAAAACCCUUCGCUAGAUGUAAAGUGGGGUGACUAAGACUUCCUCACCAAAAAUAUUAUUGACAUAUGUAUUGUUUUAGCUUAGAUUAAUUCAGACUGUUUUCAGGCAGAAAUUGGGUUCAGCAGACGAUGUCACCUAAGUAAUAUUUUUUAAAUGUUAGACAGCACAUUGUAGUUGAAUUAUUUGGGACACAUACUAAAUGUUAUGUUUCUAUGGGCCCUCGCCAAAAGUAGUGCACUAUAUAGGGAACAGGUUGCCAAAUUUUGGGUGCACUGUAAAUGUUGUUUCUGUAUGUUAUUCUGGGUUCAUCAUUUCAUCAGACUCCUGCGAGGGACUCAUGGUGAAGACUCUGGAGAAAGAUGCCACGUAUGAAAUCGCCAAGCGCUCUCACAACUGGCUCAAGGUACAGACACACUCCCCAGGAUUUAGCAAGGUGGUGCUACUGAGUACAGCGGGGCGGAAGCCUCCACGGGGGUAGUGCCCCCCUUAGGACUCAGAUUAUUGCGUUUUUUAACAUCGUUAACUGCCAUUUCCUGCUAUCUAGAGCAACAAAUGGCAUUCUAUGAUAACAAAUAAAAUUAAUAUACAGUACCAGUCAAAAGUUUGGACACACCUACUCGUUCAAGGGUUUUUCUUUAUUUUAACUAUUUUCUACAUUGUAGGAUAAUAGUGAAGACAUCGAAACUAUGAAAUAACACAUAUGGAAUAAUGUAGUAACCAAAAAAGUAUUAAACAAAUCAAAAUGUAUUUUAUAUUUGAGGUUCUUCAAAUAGCCACCCUUUGCCUUGAUGACAGCUUUGCACACUGUUGGCAUUCUCUCAACCAGCUUCACCUGGAAUGCUUUUCCAACAGUCUUGAAGGAGUUCCCACAUAUGCUUAGCACUUGUUGGCUGCUUUUCCUUCACUGUGCGGUCCAACUCAUCCCAAACCCUCUCAAUUGGGUUGAGGUCGGGGGAUUGUGGAGGCCAGGUCAUCUGAUGCAGCACUCUCAUCACUCUCCUUCUUGGUAAAAUAGCCCUUACACAGCCUGGAGGUGUGUUGGGUCAUUGUCCUGUUGAAAAACAAAUGAUAGUCCCACUAAGCGCAAACCAGAUGGGAUGGCGUAUCGCUGCAGAAUGCUGUGGUAGCCAUGCUGGUUAAGUGUGCCUUGAAUUCUAAAUAAAUCACGGUGUCACCAGCAAAGCACCCCCCACCAUAACACCACCUCCUCCAUGCUUCACGGUGGGUACUACACAUGCGGAGAUCAUCCGUUCACCUACACUGCGUCUCACAAAGACACGGUGGUUGGAACCAAACAUUUCCAAUUUGGACUCCUGGCCAAAGGACAGAUUUCCACCGGUCUAAUGUCCAUUGCUCGUGUUUCCUGGCUCAAGCAGGUCUCUUCUUCUUAUUGGUGUCCUUUAGUAGUGGUUUCUUUGCAGCAAUUCGACCAUGAAGGCCUGAUUCUCAUUGACGCCUCUGAACAGUUGAUGUUGAGAUGUGUCUGUGACUUGAACUCUGUGAAGCAUUUAUUUGGGCUGCAAUUUCUGAGAAUGGUAACUAAUGAACUUAUCCUCUGCAGCAGAGGUAACUCUGGGUCUUCCAUCCUGUGGUGGUCCUCAUGAGAGCCAGUUUGAUGGUUUUUGCGACUGCACUUGAAGAAACUUUCAAAGUCCUUGACAUUUUCCAUAUUGACUGACCUUCAUAUCUUAAAGUAAUGAUGGACUGUCGUUUCUCUUUGCUUAUUUGAGCUGUUCUUGCCAUAAUAUGGACUUGGUCUUUUACCAAAUAGGGCUAUCUUCUGUAUACCACCCCUACGUUGUCACAACACAACUGAUUGGCUCAAACGCAUUAAGAAGGAAAGAAAUUCCACAAAUUAACUUUUAAGAAGGCACACCUGUUAAUUGAAAUGCAUUCCAUGUGACUACCUCAUUAAGCUGGUUGAGAGAAUGCCAACAGUGUGCAAAGCUGUCAUCAAGGCAAAGGGUGGCUAUUUGAAGAAUCUCAAAUAUAAAAUAUAUUUUGAUUUGUUUAACACUUUUUUGGUUACUACAUGAUUCCAUAUGUGUUAUUUCAUAGUUUUGAUGUCUUCACUAUUAUUCUACAAUGUAAAAAUAAAAUAAAGAAAAACCCUUGAACGAGUAAGUGUGUCCAAACUUUUUACUGGUAGUGUAUGUUUACCUUUAAAUAAAUAAAUAAAUAUAUAUAUAUAUAUAGUGGCGCAGCAAACAAACACAGUUCUUAUACGUCUUCUAUAAAUAUUUCCUAUCUCUCUGUGUAGCUGAAAAAGGACUAUCUGGAUGGCGUGGGGGACACAAUGGAUCUGUGUGUGAUCGGAGCGUAUCUGGGGAAGGGCAAGAGAACCGGGACCUACGGAGGCUUUCUGCUCGCAUGCUACGACGAGGACAACGAAGAGUUCCAGUCAGUCUGCAAGGUCGGAGGGAGGGGGGGUGUUUCUUUGUGUGGGCUGUGUGUCUGUUCGUGCGUAAGUCUGCGCGUGUCUACCGGUCUGCCUGCCUUGCCUGCGAGGUUACUUUUUCCUCUCCGUCUCUGCUGGUUUGUCUGUUUUGAAAAGUGACAGCGCCUCGGGCCAAUUAGCGCAGGGAGUUCUGUUAUUCUACUUUGCUAAAGGUCUCAUCUGGUUUACCCCGGGGGAAUAUUGUUCUGCUUCUUUUGUCUUUGCAGAUUGGGACAGGUUUCAAGGAUGAAGAUUUGGAGCAGCAUUACAAAUUCUUAAAGGUACAAUACAGAGACCGUUGCUGUGUUCUAUUCUCGUUUGUGAAGCAAAGCCCAGAGUUUCUGUUGCAAAGCUGCCAAAAGUCUUUAGAUCCAAUUAACUAUGAAGGCGUUGUCUUUUCCAGGAGCAUAUUUUGCCCAAGCCCCGCCCCUAUUACCGUGUGGACCAAUCAACUGAGCCCGACGUGUGGCUCGAUGCCGUGCAAGUAUGGGAAGUGAAGUGUGCCGACCUAUCGCUGUCGCCGAUCUACAAGGCUGGCAUGGGAUUGGUUAGUACAACUCUUGCUUAUACACUGGCACAUCAACACUAAUAAUAUAAAGACUGAGCCUAUUCCUUUUUAUAGUGCACUACUUUGGACCAGGUCCCAAUAAAAGUGGUGCACUAUAUAGGGAAUAGGGUGCCAUUUGGGACAUAGCCAAAGUCAUUUGGAAAUGAUUCAUUCGAUUCAAUGCAGUUUCAUCUUUGAGGACCGACAGUCAAGCUACUGCCACAGACUCUUCACCUCAUCAAUCCCCUCUGCAAAUCUAAAAUGUGUUGUUGAUUCUUACCAACUGUUUACGUCUCUAGAUUUUUUAAUACUUAAAAAGCGCCACCAAAUGUAUUGUGAAAUCAUGGCUCUUGUUGCUUUCCUUUGGAAAUUAUAUUAUUUAAUAGACUUACCAUGAACCCAUGAUGUUACCCACAACUUAAAUACACACUCAUAUAGGUCCAAUGUUUAGGCUACCUGUCAGGGCCAGAGUAUCAGUGCUGCCGUCCAUCAAUCUUAUUCAUAUCAGCACUCCUACUCCAAAGCUCUUUGUCGAUACGUGCCCUAAUCUGUGAUUUAUACUUUGGUGUGUGUCCCGAAUGGCCCCCUAUUUCCUAAAUAGUGCACUACUUUUGAUCAGAGCCUUAUGGGCCCAGUGCACUAAAUAGGAAAAUAUGGUGCCAUUUGGGACAGAGCCCAGGUCUCAAAGUGCUUUGCAUUACUGCUCAAGUCCUCGGGUGCUGGGUUAAUAAUGCAUAAAAACUGGGAAAGGAAAACCCGCACUCACUGAAGUAGUCUGUUUUAAUGUUCUGUAGCAGCAGCAGGUCAAACAAACAGCCAUGUUUGGGUGAAAAGAUGAAUGUAUUUUCUCUGGUCCUCUUAUCUUCUCUGUUUUGUGACCCAGAGAAUGGCUUCAACCGUUUGCUGCGGUUAUGGUUAGGGCAUAGUUAGUUGAAAUGUUGUUGACCGUCUACAAACCAUUUUGGGACUGUGUAAAUACACUGUUGCCGAUGAUUCAUGUAUUUUCUCUCUCCUGUGUCCCAGUGUGACCCAGAGAAGGGCAUCUCUCUUCGGUUCCCGCGCUUCCUGAGGAUCAGAGAGGAUAAGAAGCCAGAGGAGGCCACUUCAGGAGGACAGGUACGUUGAGACACACUGGGGUGGUGCGUCUUGUAACACCUCAUUUCUCGGUCUCUUUCUCAAUUCAUCUUUCCACGAUUCCUCACAUCCUUUCUUCUCGCCUCCCUCUCAUCUGUAUUGGAGGAGAAGGUCCAAGGUCCCUCCCCUUGGACCUUCUCCAGUGCGUUUUGAGAAGGCGUCAAGGGGAGAGGAUGCAAGGAAUCAAGGGAAGAUUAUUUGUAUGCUUUUUUUCCCCACAGCCUAUUUUGUAAUUAACGUCUCCCUCAUAUACAAAUGGUCCUAUCUCUGAAAUCAAAUCACUGAUUUCUGUGAUUCUAUUUUUCUAUUUCAGAUUGCUGAUUUAUACAGGAAGCAGCAGGUUGUUCAGAAUCAGGGCGACAAAGCUGACCUUGAGGACUACUAC